CGCCUUCAGCAACGCCGGCAUGGCUGUCCUGAGAGGAUGUGUCGUUGGCGACAGCCAAGUGAAGUUUUUGAACGAGACGCGGUUGUAUAUGGGAAGCAACUGUGCCACGUGCACCUUCAGUUUUGGUGACGCACGUGCACCUAGACUGGUGCACCACAUUCGCCAUCUGCUGCCCGGACUAGAUUUUAUUGCUAUAUAUGUCGGCGGCAACGACCUUUCGAUAACGAGCUCGGAAGAGGAAAUUUCCGAUAACAUAAAGCACGUCCUGGAAUGUGCAUCCCAUGUGGCAGAGAAAGUUUUUUGGUUUAAAAUACCGCCACGGAAAAACGACGACAACAACAUGAUGCAAAAGAGGCGCCGUGUGAACAGCACUGUGAAGAAUUACAUAGCAACGGCGAACAACAUGAUAUGCAUCAUCUUAGAGGAUAAGUUCAUCGGCUCAAACAGAAGUGGGAAGCCGGAAUUCUACGCAGCCGAUGGCUAUCACGUGUCGAGAGGACUGGGUAUUAAGGCCCUCUCCAAAGCACUCAGCCUUGCAGUCAGAGUUGCAUUUCGCGGCAAGUGGCAGCCGUGCGGAGGAAGGCAUCCAAACCAACUCUGGAGAAUUCUUCGCUGCACAGCCUGUGGCGAGUGCAAAAAGCAAUGGCAGUACUUGAGGGACAAGUUCCUCAGGGAAAUCAGAAUAAUUGAAAAGGCCAAGAGUGGAUCGGCCGCGACACAGAAAAAGCUGUGGUCGCACUUUCAGAUGCUGCCAUUUCUGCGUGGGUACGUGUCGUCUCGCAGGAGGAUCCUCUACGACACGAGGGUUAAUGGUUUCUCAGAGAACUCGAUGGCAGAGGCAACUGCACAUGCCGAAGAAACUGCACAAGUCUGUGACCGCAUCCGUGUGGCUGCAGGCUCGAGUGCAGCUGCACUGGUGCUGUUCCAGGCCAGCACCGGCCUUUUCAUGCCCUAG